GGUGCCCCAGCUGGUUUAAUAUGGCUUCUUCCUGCUGGAGAGGAGGCUGCAGGUGUCAGGUCUGCCAUGGAGCUGGGCUCUUGCUUCAGGAGCUACGAGGCCUUCAGGGAGCGCUUCCGCGCCUACAAGAGGGCGCAGGGCUGCCGCUACGCUCUGCGGAGCUGCGUCUCUGUCCGCUGCCACAACCGGCAGCACGGCACCGCCGUCCGCGAGGAUGUCAUGUUCAUGGAGGUUAAGUUUGGUUGUGCCCGGGCCCAAAAAUACAACAAGAAGAGAAAGCAGCAGCCCAGCUUGUGUCCAGCUUAUUUUGUGUUGCAAUAUAAAGAAGACAUAGACCAGCUUGUGAUCAGCGAUCUGAACAGCAACCACGUCCAUGCAGGCCCGGUUUUUUCCCUGACCAGAGCCGCUGCCCUGAUGGCAAGCACUACGGAACGCGACAGCCCCGCAACAAAACCGCUAAAGCAACAGCAGGCGGGCGGGACUGAGAGUGGUGCUGCAGCAGCAGAGGACUCCUACGCAGUCAUGGGACAACCGGUAGAUGGGGCGCCUGCUCCGUACGGGGCUCCUGCGCUCCCUGAGGCAGCAAAGGAAAAUGCUUCGGCCUCGGCACUAGUCAGGGUUGCCGAGGUAAUGAAAACCUUUCUGAGAGAGAACAAGGGCUCCCUGGCCUCAGUUAGCACAGACAGGGACCAUGGCCUGGACAGACUCAGCUUCCAGACCAGGCAGAUGAAGAGCUGGUUCGUGCGGUUCCCCGAGAGCCUCCUGCUGCACAGAGUGCUGAGUGAGGCGGGACAUGUUCUCUAUGCUUUCCUUGUAGAGAGCAAGGAGCAAGUAGGGAAGGUGGUGCACUUGUCACUGCUGAAGGAUGACACAGGACACAACGUCAGGGAAAUGCUGACCAUCUUCAAGGAGUUCAAUCCUGAGUGGCAAAAGGUCCAGGCUGUUUUUGUGGACGUGUCCUUCUUUCACAAAGCUGUCCUCCAUGAGCUCUUUCCCUCUGCCCAGGUGUUCCUUUCUGUCUAUCACACUGUCCGACUGCUUGAGAAGAAUGCAGAAGAAGCGGAAAUCUCCUCUUCCUUCAAGCAGAACUUGAUGCUGGCCUUGCAGAAGGCUGUGUUUUCCCCUUCAGCUGCAAGUCUGGAUGCCCUGUUGCCGCUCGUGAAGUGUGUGGUCAGCCCAGAGCUAUACAACUAUCUGCGAGCCAACUGGUUCUCCUGUGAGCUGCUCUGGUACAUGCAUGGAAAGAAAGGGCUGCACUCCUGCAGCACACACAUGGACAGCCUGGACCUCAUCACGCACCGAAUAGCUGGUCUCCUUGGCCAACAGCCAUCCUUGGAGGCAAGCAUUCUUUCUUUUCUGGAGUGUGCAGACUGCCUUGAUUCCAGAGGCUCGGAGAGCCUGAACCAGGGUUUCUUGAGCACCAGGGAGGAUGGCUGGAGCAGCCUCCAGGAGAAACCUGAUGCAUGUGCUGGUGCUGCAGCAGAACCAGGCCCCAUUUUUGGCUCUCCGGCUCUUGCUGAUUGCCCUGAGCCCACUGCGCAGGCUGCUGCGGUGGGGACGGGGUGCAUGCUGGCUGCACUCUGGGAGAGCUGUGGGGAGCUAGGCUACUGGCUGUGCCUGAAGGAGUGGGAGGUGGUGCAGACGUCCACGCAGCUGCUCAGCCCUGCCUCGGGCAGCCUCAGCGUUUGGCUGCUGGAAGACGCGCACCGGGUGAGCUGGGACUGCCGGAGCUGUAGCUGCUGCUUCCAGCGCCGCUACCGGCUGCCCUGCAGGCACGUCCUGGCCGUGCUGCAGGUGCACAGGGGCCGUGUGGAGGAAGGCAUGGUGUGCAGGCGCUGGCAGAGGAGGUACCAGCACCUCCUGGCCCCCGGGGCCAGCCUCCCGGGCUUCGGUGGGGGCUCGGCAGGCGGCCGGCCGCUGGGCAGAGAGGAGAGAGCCCGGUUCCUCAGCCUGGAGCUGGCCAACCUGCUGCUGCAGAGCGAGGGGCGGGAGCUGGAGGAGCGCAGCUCCGCGCUGGCAGCUAUCCUGGCGGCCUGGGCUCGGUCACCGGAGCCGGGGGAGGCGGCCGGGAAGAAGCCGGUGCCCCCGCACUGCUCUGGGUAA